ACCAGCUGCAACCUUUCCUGGCCGUGCACGCCACUCUCACCCUUCCCCAUCUCACUUGAUGACCUAAUUAGCGAGCAGGUCAACUAUGGAACAGGUUUCACCCAUAUUGUCUACUUUCUACCAAAUUUAAUGUUUAAAACGAGGUCAAUGUGAGUAGCGGUGGCACCGUCAUUGCUCUCUCCCCUCCACCACACGCUUCACGUCUCUUCACCGAGUCACCUUCGCGUCUUCAGUUCACCUGACACUUUUGACACGACUUUGCUGUUCUCGCACGAGUUUUCUUUGAGUCCAUCCGGAUCCUGUCGCACUUUCGGACGCACUUUUACACGAAAAGCAAACUUCUGCCGGUCUUGCAGGGUGUCUCAAGUUUAGCCACAAAAUGAGUACCAAAUCUGACUCCGAGCCAAACAACAAUGUCUCUAUUGAAGAGGAGGUACGAACUCUGUUUGUCAGUGGUCUUCCAACAGAUAUCAAACCAAGGGAACUUUACCUACUAUUUCGACCAUAUAAGGGUUAUGAGGGUUCACUGAUCAAGUUAACAUCAAAGCAGCCUGUUGGGUUUGUUACCUUCGAUUGUCGUUCUGGUGCCGAAGCAGCAAAAAAUGCAUUAAACGGGGUUCGAUUUGACCCUGAAAACCCGCAGACCCUCCGGUUAGAGUUUGCUAAAGCCAACACGAAGAUGGCAAAGAGUAAGCUGAUGGGCACUCCAAAUCCCACAAAUAUCCACCCAGCUCUAGGAGCUCACUUCAUAGCACGGGACCCAUGUGGCCCUGAGGUGAUGGUUUACUAUGCCUCCUCAGAUGACUUGACAGGGGCAGCGCUGAUUCCGGCAUCUCCAGAGGCCUGGUCUCCUUAUCCCCUCUACACACAAGAGCUCAGCCCUGGCCUGCCCCACACAGCUUUCACAUACCCGGCUGCAGCCGCUGCGGCCGCUGCUGCACUUCACGCUCAAAUGCGCUGGUAUCCCUCCACAUCAGAUUCAUCCCAGCCUGGAUGGAAAUCACGGCAGUUCUGUUAAAUGCAUAGAGCGCAAUAACCAUUUCCCUCUUGAAAUGACGUCUUCCCGAUUCCGUUUAAAAUCAGUCCAGUUAAUUUGAACGUGAACUUUUUGGAUGUAUUUACUCCUUUGGAAUUUGUCAUAUAAAGAGAAGGUGAAAUUGAUUCAUAUUUCCAGCUGUACACAUUAAUAUGGAAGCAUUUAGAUGGUACAUUAGACCUUGGCAGUUCUUAAUGGAUCAAUUCUUUAGUUUUUGUAUUGAAUUUAUUAAGAUAAUUAUUCAUUUAUUAAUGUACGUCUAAGGGAUAUGAGACAAUCAACUGACACAGACACAGUGCAUGUUAGUUUUUGGCAUGAAGUGUAGCUCUGUGUAUCAUUGUAGUACGUGUCCUGUCUCCAUUGAUGUAAAAUUAUUCAUGUUGUCUUGUUUGUUAUUCGUAGCUUGGUCUUUAAAUUUGCUUGCUAUGUGCAAAAGAGUGACAAGCUCAUGUUUUGAUGGGUAAUGUCCGGGCUGAUUUCCAUUGUUACACAUCACAGAGGGUCUGACAAUUUUGCGAAAUAUGACGACAUCUCAAAACAGAGCAUGUAUGUGGGGUGAGAAGAGUUUGUGCAAUUAAAUAAGUAAUUUGUAUAAGUUAUUGGUAACUCUUUCUUUGUAUUAUAUCUUGUUUCUGAUUUUUGUAUCAAUGUCCUUUAUAGCAAUUUUCAGAGGUUAAGUUGUAAUUUUCUUUGGUUUGACUGUGUCAGUGUGGCACAAAACAAACAAUAUAUGGCCAGCGGAUUUGGCUGCUAUUAAAUUGCUGUUUCUAGUUAAUGCUCUGAAUAUAAAGAUAUGAUACAAUGCUGCAUGAUUUUAAUGUGGGUAUACUGUAGUAAUGGUUAAUUCAGACAAUAGAAAUGUAUUUGUAAAAAAUAAGUGUUUGGUGUAAAAAUACUAUUGUAUGAUGUAGUAUUAAAAUGGGAAUGCA